GAAAAAAGAUUUAGUAGAACGAGAAUAGAAAAACCCUAAUUUAGAGUGGAUUUGGGGAUGAAUCAAUUGCAGAGGGCUUUCCGAAGAAGCAUCCACACGUCUCCACAACAAACAACUCCUCGUCUCACUAAAAUCUCAUUACACCCUCCCAAGACUGUAGAAGUCGAAUUUGCAGAUGGGAGUGCCUUCAAUUUGUCAGCUGAGUUUCUUAGAGUGCACAGCCCUGCUGUAGAUAGUAAGAUUAGGUCUGUUGGUGGCGAAAAGGUAAAAAUUAUGCUUCCUUUAUUGUAUUCUUUUUCACAGCAUCAGCAGUAUUACAAGAGUGUGAUUGUCAACUUACAUGUUAAAAUCAUGUUUCUGUCUUGGGUGAUAUAUGGGCGACGGCACGUUGGUAUCAUGUCGGCUGAACCCAUUGGAAACUACGGACUAAGAGUAGCUUUCGACGACCUGCAUAAAACUGGGAUUUAUACUUGGGAUUAUUUCUAUCAUCUUGGAAGCAACAAGUUUACACUCAUGAGGAAUUAUAUAAGGACCCUGAAAAAGCAUGGACUCUGCCGAGACCCACAGAGAAGACAAUGACCCAGAGGGCCUUAGGUUCUUCUUUGGGGCCAGACUUUUGAGUGGCUUAAUGACGCCUUUUCUUUGUAGUCCAAAUUGUUGUCUUUUCGUCAAUAUAGAAAAUGCCCCGGAAAAGUGUGGAUGUAUUUGCAAGAAAAAAUAGACAACUCUCAGUAGAACUUCAGUGUAGAAUCUCAAACGAAUGCAAAUUCUGUAACAUUGUGUUCUGUAACUUGUGUUGAAUAUCAUUCAUUAAUGUAAUCUUACUGAGGUCUUUUUGGA